AUUGAAAUUUUGUUCAAUAUUUUUCAAAUACAGAAGUGAAGUAAUUUUAUUUAUUUAUGUCCAUAUGUUGACAAGAAAAAAAAAAUAACUACAAACAAAUAUUAAAAAUUAUUAAAGUAAACUAUUUUUAAUUGAUUUAAUAACCAUUUUUUUUUUUGUAAUUUUGUCAAAAUAUAAACGUGUUGAAUUCUAAUUAUUAAAGGAACAAAAAGAAGAACAAAAAAAAAGAGAAAAAAAGAUAAUACAUACCUCAACAUACACACCUAUCUACAUUUUAGAGAAAAAGUUAAUUUUAGAAAUUUUUUUGGUAUAAUAAUACUGCAAAAAGCAAAAGCUAGGCCAAAAAUAGAAUUUUGUAAUUAAAAUCGAAACAGUUUUUUUUUCUCGUAUAAUGAAUUUGAUUUUGUGUUUAAUAAGAAGUUUUCUUUUUAUAUUAUGAAAACGGAUAAAAUAUCUGUUGAAUAUAAAACAAAAUAUAUACAAACAUACAUAAUUUCAUAAAUAUACAACAAUACAUGUAAAAAAAAAAAAUACCAAAAUCUAAAAUAUUUAAAAAAAAAAAUAAAAAAGUGACAAAAAACAAAUCAUUUUAAUAUACUUAAUUGAUGAAAUAAAAUAAAAUAAAAAUUUAUGAAGUGCAUAAUUUAAAAGACAAAAAAAAAAAACAAAUUUUAAAAUGCUUCUUAAAUGCUCGAAUUCAGACAGAAAGGUGUUGAUAUCAUCUAAAGGUGGAGGAUCAAGUAGUACAAGUAGUAUUACUCGUGGAACAGGAAUGAGAAUGACCAUGUCAACGUCAUCCACAAUGACACCGCGUAUACACAGAAAGGGAAUGCGAAUCCCUUCUAAACGUCAUCCUGGUAAAAUAAUGCCAGGCAAAUUGCAUUCAAUAUCAAGAGUGGGACCAGGCAAAUUAGUACCAGGAAAGAAAAUUUUAAAUCGUCCGCAUCCGCCGCCUUGCGAUAAUUCAAAUGACAGUGGAUUUGGAUUCGAUCAACAUGUUGAACAUCAUCAUAAUUCUCACAGUUCGCAAUCAUUAAUGCGUCCAGCAACCCAAAGAUCUGGUUAUCAUGAUGAUGGUUUAAUUACAUCUGAUGGUUCAGAAGAUUUAGUGGGAAUUAAUACAGGUUCAUCUCUAUCUUCAUUAUCCUCAUCAUCAUCAUUAUCUUAUUCUUCUUCAUCUUCUUCAUUAUCAUCACCAUCAUCAAUAUCAUCUGCAUCAUCAUCGUCAUCGUUGUCAUCAUCAUCUUCAAUAAGUUCAAACAACAUAAAGUUACAAAAUCGUACAAAACGAAGGAAAUUGGGAACUGCUCCUGUUACAAUUAAUAUUGAUGAUAACGAAGAUGCUUGCAGCGAUGACACAUUUAUACAAAAAAUCACAAAUGCGGGCCUUACACAAGGUUCAAUAGUUACGACUACAACUCAAGUUGCCGCAAAAUAUUAUACUUCUACGGGGCAAAGAACAGUUAUAAGAUCUGGUAAAAGACCUCAACAAAUGCAACAGAAUACAUACACAACUUCAAAAGAUGGUUCAGUCCAAUUAGAAAUUGUAUCACAACCUGAACAGCAACAUCGUGCCAGAUAUCAAACAGAGGGAAGUCGUGGAGCAGUCAAAGAUCGGAGCGGUAAUGGAUUUCCGAUCGUAAAAUUAAUUGGUUACAAUAAACCAGCAACACUGCAAGUUUUUAUCGGAACCGAUGUCGGACGAAUUGCACCACAUAUGUUUUAUCAAGCAUGCAAAGUUGCUGGUAAAAAUUCAACUCCUUGUAAUGAAAAGAAACUUGAAGGCACAAUGAUUAUUGAGAUUGAUUUUAAACCCGAAAAUGACUUUACUAUCAAUUGUGAUUGUGUUGGAAUUUUGAAAGAGAGAAAUGUUGAUGUUGAACAUAGAUUUCCAGACCAGUCAGCGCAACGUAAUAAGAAAAAAUCCACCAGAUGUCGUAUGGUUUUCAGAACAAUUAUAACUUCAGAUGAUGGUAAAAAUGAAACUCUUCAAGUGUGCUCGCAGCCAAUAAUUUGUACUCAACCACCUGGAGUACCAGAAAUUUGCAAAAAAUCAUUAAUAUCCUGCCCCGUUGAAGGUGGCUUAGAAUUAUUCAUUAUUGGAAAAAAUUUUUUAAAGGAUACUGUUGUAAUAUUCAGAGAGGAUGACAAUGAACUAAGCCAACUUGCAUCUAUUUGGGAACAAAGAAUCGUUCCAGAUAAAGAAUAUUUACAGCAGACACAUUUGGUAUGUGUGGUACCACCAUAUUUUGAUCAAGAUCUUAUUGAACCGGUAACAGUGCAAAUAUCAGUAAUGUCAAGUGGCAAACAAAGUGAAAGUCAUAACUUUGUAUAUUUACCAAAAGGAAGACAUAAUAUGCUAACGGCUUCAACAACUUUAGGUACUAUUCAUGGGUCAAUUGCUGACUGUCAAGAUACGCAAUUUUCCGAUACAAAUACUGGAAUCGGAACCCAAAAUAAUGGUAAUAUAACCUGGCCGACAAAAUGUCUCAAUUCAAGUAUUGGAAAUUCAUUACUGGAAGCAAAGAAUGAGCAAAUCGACUCUGGUAUGAUGCCACCACCAGCUACCACAACUGUUCCGAUAGGCGUUCGACGUUCUUCAGUUAAUAAUCUAAUUACGGAGCACCAAAUAACUCAAAUACCAAAUUGCGCAAAUGUAACUAACAAUUGUCUCAAGACUGAAAUUAUUGAUGAAAACACACAAAAUUCAAUGUCGUGCGGUGAUUUAUGUUCAAAUGAUUCUACUAUAAUAGAGAGAUUUCCAGUGCAUAGUGAAAAUUCACUUGAUGGCGCUACUUCAAUUAAAGAUUUAACUCCAUACCCACGAUCUAUUCGAAAACAAAGUUUACAUAUUAUUGACAUGCCACAAUCUAUUGACAAUAGUAAUUUAUCAGGAUUUUCUGCUACAAGUUCUCCAACUGGACAAAAUGAUCAAGCACUUAAUCCUCUUUCGGCUGCUGUUGCUGAAUUGGUGAAGCAAGAAAAAAUGAAUGAAUUUGAGAACAGAAUCUUUACUGGAUCAUCUACCUCAGUUUCAGUCAGUGAACAGCAACAACAGCAAGAUCAACAAAAUAUGGUAAACCGAUUUCUAUCGAAUAUUUCCAAUUUAAAAAAUCAUCCAUCACAGUCGAAUCCAGUGAAUCCUAUUUUUAAUACACCAUCAGUAACUAAUAAUGUUGGAGCUGCAAGUUUAUUUUCUGAUAACACACUCUCAUCACAAUCUCAACAGCCAUCAGUAAUUUCACUAGAAACUACACCGACAACAGUAGCUUCAUUUGACAGACAACUUUCAAACGUUCUUAUGGGAAACAACAAUACUGCUUCGACAUUAAAUCAAAUUUUAAAUAUGGAACCACAACAAAUAAACAACCGCAACGCCAUAUCACCAUCUAAUUCUUCAUCAUCUCCUACAUCAUCAACGUCGUCGUCUUCAUCAUCUCCAAAUGGUGUGAGUCCUCCUAUUCAUCAUGAUGUUAUACUUAAUUCAGAACCAGCAGCUAACAUUAGUUUGGCAAAUUUAGGUUUAAUACCUGUGCAACAGAAUACCAGUACGUUGCAGCAAUUGGCUCAAGCUACAACACAACAAUCUUCACAAAUACCGACUGAAUUAAUAUUAAACACAACUGUAUCGCCAACUAUAAUGUGCCCACAAUCUCAAGACCCAAUGUUGAAUAGCCAGGCUACAAUAGCGAAUUCAAUUUUAAGUGAAAUGAGUGAAUUGUCAACUUCUAACACACAAGACGCUAUUUUAAAUAAUAUUAUAAUGCAGAGUAAUCCCACAACUACAGCCAAUAGUGUUGCAGCACAACAACAGCAACAACAACAGCAACAACAACAACAACAGCAGCAGCAACAGCAGCAACAACAACAACAGCAACAAGUUGCUGCAAAUUUCAUAACAUCGCAAGAAAGAAAUAUAAAUACUAGAACAAACAUAAAUACAAUUCUUAAUCAAAUGCUAAAUGAACAACAGCAAGUUCCACAUUUAAUAAAUAACAUAAGAACAAAUACACUGCCGAAUUCUCAAAUUUCCUCGAAUAAUGCGUCAAAUGUUCUCCAAACACAUACAGCUAACUUACAACAAGUUCAAUCACAACAACAAAUUACACAAAUGGAUAUAUGUUCAAAUCAGACACAAUCAAUUAACACACAUUUAAAUCAUUUUACAGAUGCGAAUCUGUUACAAAACCAAUUAACCACUGCCACUUCAGUUCCUCUGGUUGAUAUUUUGAUGGAUCGCCAUAAUUCAACCAAUUCAGGCACUGUAAAUUCAAAUAAUUUUUUACAUAAUAUGCAAAAGAAUCAACAAAUAAUACCAAAUAUUAUUUCAACAAAAAAUCAGGAAUCUCUAAUGCAAACUGUUUCAUUGAAUAAUUCUGGAACUAACUUAGAAAAAACUAAGAUAACGGAUGGUCAUGUUAAUCAAAUCACACCCAUUAAUGUUGAUACAAUGCAACCAAAUAUAGUUUCCCCAGCAGCUGUCACACCAGCAACUGCAACAACAAUUCCACAAGAUAUUGCAACUAUGUCAGUUCAAGAUUUGAUCAGUUAUAUCAAUCCAAGCACAUUCGAAUAAGUGUAAGAGAAAAACUUUAUAUCCGGUUAUCUUAUGGUCAGUAUUCUUCAGAAAGCAAAAUAACUUCACUAUUUAUUAGUGAAAAAUGCGAAAGGUCAAUGAAAAACCAGCAAAAAUAAAAACAAAACAUGAUUUUUAACAAAAGGUUUCAACGAUAAAGUGCAUUAAAUAUUAGAUUUAAGCAUAAAUAUUAUUUAUAAUAUAAGAUCUAUAUAUACAUAUUAAAAUAUAUAAAGAAUUUUAAUUAAUACAUAUUAUAUUGUAAAAAUGAGAAAAAAGGUUUCCAAUUACGAAUGUAAAAAAUUAUAUACAUAUUCAAGCGUAUACAUAGUUAUUGUAUCAAUGUAUAACAAUUACUUUAAGUCCGGAGAUUUUAAGGAAUUUCAUUUUACUAAACAUUUCAGAUACUUUUCAAUAUUAUUUGCGAUGGAAAUUAGAGUAGUACACGUGAUAUAAAACAAAAACUUUGAAAUUUAGUUCAUUCAUUAAUUUUGUUGCAUUUGUCAAUGAUUCAAAAAAUUCACUUAAAAAGUUAAUAAUAAUUAAUGUGGGAAUGUUUUCUAAAACAUUUUAAACUUAUGAUAAUCUUUAACUUACAAUUAAAAUUAUAUUUUUUAAAAUAUUAAUUUUUAUUUCUAAAUUUUUUUGUGUUUUUGUAUUAUGAGCAUAUUUCAUUAUGUAUUUGAACUGAAAUAAUUUAUCUUAAUUCUAAAAAU